UCCGACAUGAAGACUUUGGUGCUGAUAGUGACUUACCUGGUGGUAGCGAGAGCGAAAUGGAUUGAUAUCGAUUGGUCCCAAGUUCGACCGAUCGAAGAAUUUGAUCACUACUGGGCCGGUUUACCCGCUGAGUUGCAAGCCCUGCGAAAUACGAGCGCAUCUUGUAGCAGAAUUACCAACGGACAGGAGGCCGUCCCAGGAGAGUUUCCUUACCAGAUUGCAUUGCUGAUCCAGUUUACCGAAGGAACUGCUUUGUGUGGUGGUUCGGUUCUGACCAACUACUACAUUCUGACUGCAGCCCAUUGUGUUCAAGAUUCUCUUGGAGGAACGGCCAUUAUCGGGGCUCAUAAUCGGUCACAUAAUGAGGACUCACAGCAGAGGAUUGGUUUUGGCACCAGUGGAAUCGUGAUCCAUUCUGGUUAUGAUCGGACCAACAUCCGAAACGAUAUAGCAGUAGUGCGACUGAACAGUGCUAUCGAGUUCAAUAAACGUGUCCAACCAACUUCCAUUCCCGUGGCCGGUGAUAAUCGUACCUUCUCCGGAUUUAUCGGAACCGUGACUGGCUUCGGACGUACCACGGAUUCUGGCUCGACCUCAUCGGUAGUCAUGUUUACCAGGAAUCCAAUUAUGACAAAUGCUGACUGUUUACAAACCUGGAACAGCAACGAGAACUUAAUUCAAGAUCAGAACAUUUGCUUGUCGGGAGACGGCGGUCGUUCGUCGUGUAACGGAGAUUCUGGUGGUCCUCUUACGGUUAGGGAUACUGAUUCCCUGCAGGUCGGUAUCGUGUCAUUCGGUUCUGCAUCCGGCUGUUCGAUUGGGAUGCCCUCGGUGUAUGCGCGUGUGACAUUCUUCCGUGAUUGGAUAGUUGCUAAUUCGGAUUUGUCGUAGAAUUGUUUAUAAUAGAUUUAUAUAAGUACGUUUGUGAGUUAUUUUUAUAUAUUAAAUAUUUUUAUUUGCGUG